ACCUGGCUCUGACACUGACCACAUCAUCUCCGUCAUCCCUAAAGUGCACGCCUCCCAAUCCAGCCCCAGAAUGGCACUGCCUCCCAGCCCCCUGGCCAUGGAAUAUGUCAAUGACUUUGACUUGAUGAAAUUUGAGGUAAAGCGGGAACCCUCUGAGGGGCGAUCUGGCUUCCCCACAGCCUCACUGGGCUCCACACCCUACAGCUCAGUGCCUCCUUCACCCACCUUCAGCGAGUCAGGCAUGGUGGGGGCCACGGAGGGUCCCCGGCCAGGCCUGGAGGAGCUGUACUGGCUGGCCACCCUGCAGCAGCAGCUGGGGGCUGGGGAGGCACUGGGGCUGAGUCCAGAGGAGGCUGUGGAGCUGCUGCAGAGUCAGAGCCCAGUCCCUGGUGAGGGGCCCCAAGCCUACUAUCCAGGGAGCCCCGAGGAGACAGGAGCCCAGCAUGCCCAGCUGGCCGAGCGGUUUUCGGACGCGGCGCUGGUGUCGAUGUCUGUGCGGGAGCUCAACCGGCAGCUGCGGGGCUGCGGGCGCGACGAGGCGCUGCGGCUGAAGCAGAGGCGCCGCACGCUGAAGAACCGCGGUUACGCGCAGGCCUGUCGCUCCAAGCGGCUGCAGCAGCGGCGCGGGCUGGAGGCCGAGCGCGCCCGCCUGGCCGCCCAGCUGGACGCGCUCCGGGCCGAGGUGGCCCGUCUGGCCAGGGAGCGCGACCUCUACAAGGCUCGCUGUGACCGACUGACCUCGAGCGGCCCUGGGUCCGGGGACCACGCCCACUUCUUUCUCUGAGCUGCUUGGGGCCGCGGAGUGGUGGAGUAGGUGGGUGGGAGGCACCACCCAGGAGGCAGCGGCACCAUUCACCAGAUGGUUACUGAGAGGCUUCUGGUGCCAGACACUCCCUUGUAUGACCACACAAAUAUUCCCAAACUCCCUGGACCCUCAAGGCAUGCUCCGAGGUUAGAUGUUGAUCAUUUUCUGGGAGAGGGGUCCCCUCCCCUCACGCAGGCCGUGCACAGAAACUCUCCACCUCCUGCCCCAUCCCACAUGACCUGGACACUGAGAUCUACGGGAGCCAGUGCCAAGCACUCUGUGUGUGUGUGGAGCGUGGACGACGGCUGGGUGACACAGUGAACGGGAGGUGAGGGAGUGGUGCAGCUCCGCCCUCAGUUUAGAUUUUAAUUCAAGGUUUUCAACCUGUAGUGCAUUAAGGUGGUAAUUAGCAAUAAGGCUGUAUUUUCCUUUCGAGACUUGUAAUCUCCCGAUUUUAGGACUAUUGCAUUUUCAAGAUUUCAAUUCCCACUAGCAAGACAGACGAAGAACUCUAUCCAAGAGGCUUUCUUUCUGCCCAACCAGUGGCCUCCAGGGCCCAGAGCAGCAAAGGCUGGAGGAACUCUGGGGGUGGCUGGUGUGGACUGGGAGAGAAUCCUGGGCAGAAGUCUGGGGACCUGGGCACUGUUCCCAGCUCUGCCACAGGAUACCUCUGUCACCUGGAGCAAAUCACUUGCUCCCUCUGUCUCGGUUACUGCAUCUAAUCCUCAUUUGGAUUGGAUGACUUCUGACACUUUUCCAGUUCUGGCAUCUCCUUAGUGUGGGAGCCCCCAAGACAACUUCACCAAAGGGAUUUCCUGCCCUACUCUAGCUUCCUGACUGCACCCCAGGCAGUGGGUGAGCCCACGCACUGGUCCUCCAGACCUGCAUAGGGUGCCCCUGCUACUCCUACCUCUCUGAGGGCUGAGGUGAGACUUGCCUCAGCAGGAUGAGGAGCCAAGAGAAUGCAGCUUUUGUGAAUUAAACUUGAAGUCCAGGCAGAA